CCCGGCUGGAGCAGCAAAAAAAAAAAAAAAAGAUACCUUGUCCACGGGAAAUUCCACCUCAUCCAGAAUCUCCCCCAGAGAGACCACAUUUCCCAUUCGCAAUCUUGUGGGAGAAAAUUUCCUCUUCUCUUCUGCAGAAACUCGACAGAUUCCUAUCGGACGGGAUACUGUCAAUUCGAGACAACGAGUCAGGAGGAUACUCGGGAAGGAAAGAAACGAGCUGCGCUUUCUCGAACCCGAUACUCCUUUACCCUCCGGCCAUUGCGCGCCGCCUUCCCUUUCCAUUAGGAUUCAACUGGACUUGGCAACGACAAGAUGAAGUUCAGCAGCAUCCUGUCCCUUGGCCUUUUGGUCGUCUCGCCCCUGGCUGCGGCCUGGAGCAAGGAGGAUCGUGAGAUUUUCCGUAUCCGCGAUGAGAUCAAGGCCCACGAGGCCAACCCCGAACAGACCUUCUACGACCUCCUCGGCGUCAAGAACGGCGCUUCCAUCGACGAGAUCACCAAGGCCUACCGCAAGAUCUCCCGCACUCUUCACCCUGACAAAGUCCGCCAGCAGCUCAUCGCCGAACGCACCAAGGCCAAAAAGAAGGAGAAGAAGACCCCUGGCGUCAAUGUCUCCAAGCCUCCCACUCAGAAGGAGAUCAAGGCCGCUGUCAAGAUUGCCUCCGAGCGUCAGGGCCGCCUCAGUCUCGUGCGCAACAUCAUCAGCGGUCCCGACCGCGACCGCUACGAUCAUUUCCUGAAGAAUGGCUUCCCGGCCUGGAAGGGCACCAAUUACUAUUACAAUCGGUACCGUCCUGGCUUGGGCACUGUGCUCUUCGGUGUCUUCCUCGUAGCUGGAGGUGCCUUCCACUACAUCGCUCUGUACAUGUCCUGGAAGCGUCAGAAGGACUUUGUCGAACGCUACAUCAAGUUUGCGCGUAAUGCUGCAUGGGGAGACAACCUGAACAUUCCUGGCAUCGACGACUCUCCCGCCCCUGCUCCUGCUUCGCCCGCUGCCGACGAUGAGGAAGGCCCCCAGCUGCCUAGAAACCGCAAGGAGAGACGUAUGCAGGAACAGAUGGCUCGUAGAGAGGCCGCCAAGGAACGCGGAGGUCGAUCCCGCAAGCCCGCUCCCGCCGCCCGCAGCAACAGCGGCAGCGGUGCCGCCACCCCCCGGGAGACGGUUGCGCAGACCGGUCAAACCGGUCCCACCGGCUCCAAGAAGCGCGUUGUCGCCGAGAAUGGCAAGAUUCUUGUGGUUGAUUCCCUCGGAGACGUCUAUCUCGAAGAGCAGGAUGAGGAUGGCAACACCGAGCAAUGGCUCCUUGAUCCCAACGAGCUGCCUCAACCCACCAUCCGUGACACCGCGCUCGUACGUCUCCCCAUCUGGGCCUACAACCGCACUGUCGGUCGCGCCCUCGGCAAGAACAAUGCUGAGCUGGAGAUCGACACCGAGGACCUGGACUCUGAUGACGGCGAGAUCCAACACACCCCUAGCUCCGACUCUGCCGCCGAUGACUUUGAGCUCUUGGAGAAAUCAACCGAUUCGUUGGGCAAGGCCAAGGCUUCUGGUGCGCAGACUGGAGGCAAGUCCAACAAGCGUAAGAACAAGAAGCGUUGAGGCAUUGAGCCAAGAAAUGGCCGAUGAAUAGAGCUUCACGGCCGGCCUCUCUGAACCCUCUGACGGGUUUUGCGGCCUUGGAUGGUCUUGAGGAUCAGGCAAGCGACCCGGAGGUGCAUGAUGCGCCAUGAAGCUGCAGCCAGUCUCGUCAUUUAUGUAGAUUAUCCAUCAAUGCAAAUUCUCGUACAAAGUACAAUAGGAGACCAUAAUGUUGAAGGUGUCAGUGUGCUGCAUCGUGCAUCUUGCAUCGGGGGACG